AUGUCGAGUUGGAACAGAUUAAUUAGAUUUGAGGCUAACGACGGCAAAAUUUAUAGAGGAGACGCUAUCGUCUCGGAUUCUGAUUAUGACAUUGGUAAACAAUUUGCUGAAGGGAAAACCAUCAAAGCCAGGGUCGUGAUUGGUAGUAAUAUCUUUACUGACGCCAAGGUGACUGACGAGGUAUUGGAAGUUAAGAAAUUAUUGGGACCUCUUACUGGCGAGGAUGUCCCUGUUGUUAAAUGUAUUGGAAUGAAUUACAAGGAACAUCUAAUGGGUAUAAUCGAGCCACCACCAUAUCCACAACUCUUUUAUAAGCCACGCACGAGUGUCGCUGACCAGAAUGAGGAUAUUCCAAUCCCACUGUUCGCACAAAAUACUUGUGAUUAUGAAGGUGAAUUAUGUGUCGUCAUAGGAAAGACAGGUAAAAAUAUAAAUGAGGAAGACGCCUUGAGUUAUGUUGCAGGAUAUGUUUCAGGAAAUGAUCUAUCAGCUCGGGAUUGGCAAUACUUCCCAGAAUAUGCAGGAAAAGUACCACAAUUGGGAUUUUCUAAGAGUUUUGAUAGAUACGCACCUUUGGGACCAGCAAUAGUUUCUUCUAAAAUCAUCAAAGAUCCCCAUGCACUUCAACUCCAAACUAGAAUUAAUGGCGACCUUCGCCAAAACUGUGGUACCGAUGAUCUUUUGUUUGGUAUUUCAAGAAUCAUUGCCUUUAUUAGUCAAGAGACUACUUUGGAACAGGGAACAGUGAUUAUGACAGGUACUCCUAAUGGUUGCGGUGGUAUUGAUGGAAAAUACUUAAAAGAUGGGGACCUUGUAGAGGUUACUAUUGAUCAAAUCGGAACACUCUCUCAUAAGACGAAAUUCCUUUAA